AUCGCCCAUAAUCUUGCAUCCUUCGUCUCUAUAAAUACCUCUUUGAGCCCUCUUUUCUUCUCCACCCUAAGCGUUCAUAUUUUCACUAGUUGAGUCUCCUCAAUCUCGCAACUCUUUUACUUUUCUUUCUUACUAAUUUAUACAAACAACAUGAAGUCUCUUACGAUAUACUUGUUGCUAGCUAUGCUCAUGGCCUUAGCUUAUACUCUAUCUGCUACAACUGAAGAAGACUCGUUCGUGGCCAUCGAAAAUGAUGAUGAUUCCACAAACGAGGAUGAAAAUACUGAUCUUCCCUGGCUUGGUACCCAAGAAACAACAUCUUCUUUGCGAGGGGCAAACCGGUUUCUAGCUCAGAAAACUCGGGCUGCCAUGACAUGCAAUAAGUACCCUAGGGUUUGUCGUGCCAAGGGCAGCCCCGGGCCGGAUUGCUGCAAGAAGAAGUGUGUGAAUGUGCUGACAGACAGGCUUAACUGUGGAAUGUGUGGUAAGAAGUGCAAGUACGCUGAGAUAUGCUGCAAAGGUGAUUGUGUGAAGCCAAUGUCUAACAAGAAGCAUUGUGGGGGUUGCAACAACAAGUGCAAGAAAGGGAAUGCAUGUGUGUAUGGAAUGUGUAGUUAUGCAUAGAAAUAUAGAGCCAAUACGUACUGGAUCGAAUGAGCAGAAGGUAGAGCUAUUAAUUAAUUGCUGGAAAUGCAUGAUCAUAGGGAUUUCGAUAGGGAUUAUUUAUUCUUUUUAUAUGAUAUCAUAAUGUAUGUAAAUCCCAUAUAUAUCCAUCAUUCUUGAUUUAUUUGAAGUUUACAUUGUGCUUACAUUGCUUUGCAAGGUGUAUCGUUUAGUACGUAUAUGUACAAGAAUAUAAAAUUUCAAGU